GCGAAGAAGCCGGCUGCUUGGAGACCCGUGUCCGGGUGAGCCGGGAAGGAACCAGGCGAGCGGAGGAUGCAUCCAUGCUGGAGGGACUCCUGGGGACCAGCGGGCUGGUGAAGAGCCCACUUUUCCACGGCAGUCCGGAGCCGAGCGAGCAGCCAUGCUGGUGAAGGAGUACCGCAUCUGUAUGCCCCUCACCACCGAAGAGUACCGGGUUGGGCAGCUCUACACCAUCAGCAAGCACAGCCACCAAGAAAGUGACAAGGGUGAGGGGGUCGAAGUGGUGAAAAACGAACCUCAUGAAGAUCCUGUCCACGGCCGAGGCCAGUUCACAGAGAAGCGUGUCCACCUGUCCAGCAAGCUGCCCAGCUGGGCCCGCGCUGUGACCCCACGGAUAUUCUACAUCACGGAGAAGGCCUGGAACUAUUACCCGUACACCAUCACGGAGUACACGUGCUCCUUUCUGCCAAAGUUUUCCAUCUACAUAGAGACCAAAUACGAGGAUAACUGCGGAGACAGCACAGAUAUCUUUCACAGGGAAAAGAUACUGGGAGACCACGAAGUGACAUUCCUGGACAUUGCCUUUGAUGAAAUCCCUGAGCGGUACUACCGGAGCCUGGAGCAAGACCUCCGGUACUUCAGCUCAGUGAAGACUGGUCGCGGCCCACUGCGAGAGGGCUGGCGGGAACACACCAAGCCCAUCAUGUGCUCCUACAAGCUGGUGACGGUCAAGUUUGAAGUGUGGGGCCUGCAGACACGGGUGGAACAGUUUGUCCACAAGGUUAUCCGGGAUAUCCUGCUGAUAGGACACCGACAAGCUUUUGCCUGGGUGGACGAGUGGUGUGGCAUGUCCCCGGAGGAGGUCCAUGCCUUCAAGAUUCAGAUGCAUGUGGCCACAGACAAAAACUUCCUCACGCGGGAUCCCUAG